GCCGGUUGAUUCGUACGGGAGUCCACGAACACGCUCCGUUUUGAAUAACGCAACAGUGGAAAUUCAUAAUAAAUAAUUCAGUGGUUUUGUAGUUUUGUCGUAAUCGAGUCGCGCGUGUGAAUCCACGUAUAAAAAUAAAAGUAGGAUCAAUAAAAUUCAUCACACAUAUUUCGGAACUAUCGCCUAACACACCUAAUUCAUGCAGUUGGCGGAAAUGAUCCACGCGGCGAAUGGCGGCGACACGUUUUACGAUCUGGAUCGCAUCUAUGCGACCGUCGAGCGGAUGCUGGUGUUGAUUCGGCAGCUGUCCGGUGUCAGCCGUUUGGGCGAAAGUGGUCGCUCGAUGUCUGUGGAGUUGCAGCUGUUGAAUGCGAUUGACGACCGGGGAUAUCAGCUGCAGGAGCUUCAGGAUGCCGUGCAAUAUCUGUUCAGUCAAUUUCGGAAGAUUUACUUGGUCAAUAAGGAUUUAUAUGUGCAGUUGAACAAGCGGGGUGGGAGGGUUUUUGAGUUGGAGAAGCAAUUUCGUGAACAAGAGGAUGGAAGCAAGUGUUUGUACUACAUGGCUGAUGUCAUUAAGUAUGAGCCAGCACUACUGGCUAUGCAACGAGUCUUGGACCGCACCAUGAGAGAAAUACGGAUAUUCAGAAAGCAAAGGAACAAACACAAGCUGGAACUUUGCGUCAGCCACAUUAGGAACGAGAACUACGACAAGGCGUUUGAUGAAUUCUUUUCCUUUGAAGAUAACAUUGAACAGCUACCACAAAUCGUGGAGGGAGUCUUUGAAAGGUCCACAACUAAUCUCAUGAAGAUGCUAUUGUUCUUGAAGGGAUAUUUCUCACUGCAUAAACCUAACUCGGGAGAGACAUUUGUUGCUGGAUGCGAACACAUAGUUCAGCACCUGAAGCGCUCAGUCAUGUUUUGUCGGGUGGAAACCUUGAUGAUUUACAGCACAAUUACCGAAGUCCAAAAGGAAGUACCUCAUUUGGAAGAUUUCUUUCAGAACAGAUUGGAUCUAUUGCUAAUAGAUUUGUCCGCCAAUAAAGAACUUGCUGUCCAAAUGAUUCUCACUGAUCCCGAUGAAGCUGUAAAUUUUGCCAAGUUGUUCAACCACAUGUCAGACGAUCUUCUUCUGGAAUUGAUAAGAGAAACGUACCAAGGAUCAAGCAAGAAUCUACGACUUACUUUGAAGUUUAUUUCUGAUCUUCCUUGCGUGAACCAGCAAAUACUAAGCUAUCAAGAAGUUCACAAUGAAAUGCGCCGUCUAGGGCAGUCGAAGUCCUCGUGUAUCUUCGUCUUUGCAUAUCACAUCAAAAUAACUAUGCAGAAUCCGAAAUUCCUCCACGCUACACGAUCCCCGGAACUGGACGACCUGAAAGCCAUCCUUCCCCCAAACGUCGUCAGCAUCAUCUGGAGGCAGGUCAGCAUUUCGCGGUACGAGUCCAGAAUUCUGAUGAAAUGUGGUGCGGUGGGGAAGGAAGUUGGCUUUUCGCGGUACACGGCCGAUAAAAAUCGCUUCGAGUGCGAACCCGUGGACGAAGGCGAGGCGUUCCGGAUUCGAGCCAUUGCAGUUCAUGGAUAUCUGGUGGAGCAGGACCGGAGACCGGUGAUUGUGUCGACCAAGUGUGACACUUCCUGUGCCUCCGGUCAUUGGAGGUUGAUUCCGCACGAUGAUUGCAGUUAUUUCCGAAUACAGAACGUUGACAGUGGUAGGUUUUUGUAUUCAAAGUUUUCCGAAAGUGCCGAUUAUGAUUUUUAUAAUAGUCCGGAAGUGCUCAAGCUGAGCGCUGAAGAAUCAGUUUUGAACGAGAGCAACUCAUACUGGAAGGUGGGUGAAUUUAUUCGAGGCACACGAGGAGACACAGAUUGCACGAUUUUAUAGAUUGUAUAGUAUUCUAUAAAAAGUUGAAGUAUACCUAAGUACAAAUUUGUGAUAUUGUAAAUACUCAUUAUUUAGGACUUGAAUAAAAUAUGG